AUUGACGGAAAUCAGGUGGAGAUUUGUAAGAUCAUUUGCACUAUUGAAGCAAUAGACACUGAUUGGGCAUGGUUUUACAUUGGUUGUAACCGUCACAGUAAACGUGUCAUUAAGCUCCCAAAGAUUGAUUAUGAAAACAUGACAAAACUUGACAAACCAAUGUUCCGCUGUGAAGUUUGUAAUGCUAAUAUCACUAAUGUUGGACCCAAGUUCAAGCUUCAUCUUGUGGUGAAAGAUGACACAGACACAUGUAAUUUAAUGUUACUAGGCUCUGUUGCAAAUUCCAUCAUUGGCCAUACAGCUGAAGCCCUAUGGGAUGGCUCAUAUGCAGAAAUUGAAGAUCCAGAGAUACUACCAGAACCAAUCCUUAGUUUGGUGGGAAAGUCUUUCUGUUUUGGGCUGUCUUUUGGCUCCGAAAAUGUCACCAAUGGAUCAGGCACCUUCAUGGUUUUAGAGGUUUGUUCUGCAGAUAAAGCUCUAAGUAUUGAUACCAAUUCUGAUGCAGUGAGUGAGAUUGGAACAUCUUCAUCUACCAUGUCAUCUGGUGAUGUAAGUUUAUUAGAUUAAUUUGUGUUGUGUUUUAUCUUUAUAAGUGUUUAGAUUGUGUUUUAUCAAAAACAAUUUAUGGCUUUUACUCAUUUUAGGUAUUGAUGUUGGAAUCAAUUUCACCAGAAGAUCCUAAAACUCCCUUUUCAAAGCGCAAAGAAGAUGAUGCGGAUCUAAAUGACCAUUCAUCUAUUUCCAAGAAACUGUGCACCAAGAUGAUCAAACAGGAAAAGACCAAAACUGAGUAAUCUGAAGAGUUUCAACAAGUUCUCCCCUUCAAUUUUUUUAAAACAUUUUUAGUAUGAUUUUUUCUGGUUUUCCAUAGUUUUCUGUUUUCUUUGCUUCUAUUUUGUUAUGUUACUUAUUUUAAUAUUUGAUUUCAAUAAGAAGGUUGUUUUUUUUU